CUGGGACUUCGGCUAGCAGGCCCAUGGCUAUAUUUCUCCCUGUUUGCUGGUCGGCCCCAGGCUAUCACAGACAGAGUUUGUGUACUCUGAUUUCUGACAAUCAUGGCCUUAAACGAGAUGAAGGAUUUGAAAAUUGAUGAAAAGGAGCGCUUAACUGUGGACUAUGUGAAGGGAAUUCUUCAACCCACGCCCACCUGUGAAACCUGGGAUCAGAUCUGGAACUUCCAAGCCAAGCCUGAUGAUUUGCUAAUUUCUACCUAUCCUAAAGCAGGAACAACAUGGACUCAGGAGAUAGUGGACUUAAUACAAAAUAAAGGUGAUCUUGAGAAAAGUAAAAGAGCACCUACUCAUAUACGAAUUCCUUUCAUCGAAUGGAUAAUUCCAGGAAUUGGAUGUGGUUUGGAACAAGCCAGUGCAAUGCCCUCACCACGGACUCUGAAAACUCAUCUUCCCAUUGACCUGGUGCCUCCGUCUUUCCUAGAGAAAAACUGUAAGAUGAUCUAUAUAGCAAGAAACCCCAAGGAUAAUAUGGUAUCCUAUUACCAUUUCCAUAGGAUGAAUAAAGGACUUCCUGAUCCAGGAACCUGGGAAGAAUAUUUUGAGAGUUUUCUGGCUGGGAAAGUGUGCUGGGGUUCAUGGUACGACCACGUGAAAGGAUGGUGGGAAGCCAAAGAUCAACACCGAAUUCUCUACCUCUUCUAUGAGGAUAUGAAGAAGAACCCAAGGCAUGAAAUUCAGAAGUUGGCAGAAUUUAUGGGCAAUAACCUAGAUGAUGAAGUUCUAGAAAAAAUUGUCCAUCAUACUUCGUUUGAUAUAAUGAAGGACAAUCCAAUGGCAAACUAUUCAUCUGUUCCUACUGCAUUCAUGGACCACUCCAUUUCUCCAUUCAUGAGAAAAGGGACAGUGGGAGAUUGGAAGAACUACUUUACUGUGGCUCAGAAUGAAAGAUUCGAUGAAGACUACAAGAAAAACAUGGCUAACACCAGUCUAACUUUCCACUUCCAGUUCUAGAAAAGAAGAAAAAAGGACUAAACACAUAUUUGAAAGUUUAUUACACAGACCAAAUAAGAUUGGAUUCAGGUUCCAACACUAGUUUUUUAUUGUGUUUUAUUGUAUUUCUCACUCUACUAAAAAAAUUUUUUAAAAAACUGAUAGAGAUAGCAGAGGUUGGGGGCCAGGUGGAGACUGGGAACAGGGUGGUGAAGUGGAGAGACAGAAUUUCGAUAUAUUAGUAGUGACAAUUAUAGUGUGAUUGCUAAUUAUCAUUAUAUUUAAGUUUUCUAUAAAUCAUGUGCUUAUUAACAUAUUUUUUAAAUGCUUCAGUUCUUAUAUAAAAU